GCCAAGGAUGGCCCCCAGACCCCCAUUUCCAACCUGGUGAAAAUGGCAUUUAAGGUCUUUAACUCCCGAGAGGAGGCAGCUGAGCUUAAAUGGCAGGCCAGGCUCCAGCAGAAGGUUCGGCUACAGACCCAGGCCUUGGUAGCAGCCCUGCAGCCGGCCGGCUCCGGGAGCCAACAGAGAGGGGCAGCCAGCUGCACCCCUCCAGGGGCCUGCUUCAAAUGCGGAGCCGAGGGACACUGGGCUCGUCAAUGUCCCAACCCAAAGGCGCCAACUCGACUGUGUCCUCAAUGCCACAUGAUGGGACAUUGGAAAUCAGAAUGCCCUAACCUCAGGGAAUCCUCAGCGCCUCUACACGGGGGCAACCCCAAGAUGGCUGGAUCAAGGCAUACCCCAUGGCCCGGGAAACAGCAGAUGUAGUAGCCACAACUGUCAUUGAACACAUCAUCCCGAGGUUUGGACUACCCCGAACUCUCCAGUCGGACAACGGACCCGCUUUCAUCUCUAGUGUGACUCAGCAGGUAGACGAAAGACUCAGCAUGGAAACUCCACAUUCCAUACCACCCACCGUCGUCGGGUAAGUUGGAAAAGGCCAACGGGUUGCUUAAGGCUCAGCUCACUAAACUGACCUUGGAGACCCAUCUCUCAUGGCCCACACUUUUGCCCCUGGCCCUCACCAGGCUUAGGGCAACCCCCUGGGGACCUUCAGGAUUAAGCCCAUUUGAGCUGCUGUACGGCCGACCCUUCUCAUAAACCACAACUUCCCAGCCUCUCCCCCACCUCUCCUUUCCUACCUGCCUUAUCUCACCCUCCUGCAGGCCCUCCUGAGAGCUCAUGCUGAUGCUGUCAUCCCUGCCUCAGAUGGCCACAACCAUGACCAGAAAGAAGCCCCCCCCUCAAGGGUUACUCCCAGGAAACCAGGUUCUCCUCAGGAACCUGCACCCAGGUUCCUUGCAGACACGGUGGUCCGGGCCUCACACUGUCAUCCUUACCACCCCAACCGCGGCAAAACUGUCGGGGCACCAGGUGUGGGUACACAUCAACAACCUCAAACAGGCGCCCACAGGUAAUGGCUGGGCCUCCCAAGCGGUGGGCCCUACCAACCUAACCUCCAAGAUCCGGGAACUCAAGGACCGGAUCUGAUCGAGGCACCAAGACACCUCCAUAUGGGGCCUGGACCCCCAUACAUGGGUAACAUGGCUUCUCCCUUUAGCGGGGCCCCUCUGCUUAAUCCUCCUACUAAUCUCGGUUGCCCCCUGCCUUAUUCGGUACAUACAGGAACGCUUGCGGUUAGUAACUUGGGUGUCAGUCAACCAACUGCUCCUACAGCCCUAUUCUCGCCUGCUCACUUCCUAUUGCCCCUAUGACAAUGCCCGACCGUCAGCAGGAAGUAGCCAGAAUGGAGUCGACGCCCCCAAUACCAUUAUAUAAAACAAAAUGUCGGAAUGUUGGGCUGGCAAAGAAAAGGG